ACUAGCUAACAUACAAAGAAGAAGAGGGGUAGAAACGAAAAGAAGGACGAAGAGAAAACACGUACUGCUACUGUGCAGGUUAAAAUAUUAUCACUUGAGAAGCAAAGUGAUUUUGGACCAUGCUGAGGGCUUGUCUGAGAGGGGCUAACAGCAGCGCGCGGAAGAGCUUUGGGAGAACCCCUCUGACCAAUCUGCAACCCUGCCGUCACUACACAGCAGGAGAGAGCGGCAGUGGAGCUGGUAAGGUGGUAGCUGCUGGCCUGGUGACAGUUGGUGGGGGCAUUGGAGGAACAAUACUGUACGCCAAAUGGGAUCACAAGUUCCGAGCGGCCGUGGAGAACAAUGUUCCGUACUCAGACCGGCUGCUGGGUCUGGCUCUGGGACCCGCUUCUCAAUACGGUGGCCCCCUCCAGAAACAGACGGAGAUUGCACAGCAUCCCUCUAUGAUGGAUAAACCGCCAAAGGGGUCCAAAGCUAAGACGGAGAAGAAGUCUUCAGAGAGCCCAGCCGCUGAGGGGGGGGCCGUCCCAGCUCAGCCUGCUCCCAGCAUAGAGGAGGCUUCAGUAGAGGCCACUCACAUCAUCUCAGCCAUCAGUGAGGUGUCCUCGGUCCCUGCUCCCUGUGACUCGGAGGCAGCAGUAUUCAAAGAGGAGUGCACAGAGUGCCACGACCAUAAGGAUACUGCAGUGUCAGCGAUGGAGGAGCCUGAGACAGAGCCCGGGGCGUCAGAGGCCCUGAAGGAGCGCCCCGUGGAGGAGGUGACCGCUAGACUGGCCCAACAAGACCAGGAGGAACAGGAAGUCCUCACAUCUGUAUCAGCCAGUCUGGACGACUCCCUGGCCAGCUCUGCUAAAGCCGCCCUGCAGGCUAUUGGAGCUCAGGAGGCCGCGCUGCAGGCCAUCGCUCAGCACACACUCAGACUGAAGGAGGCCAUGGAGGCAGAGGUUCCUCCCGAGGAGAAGUCCGCCCAGUGGAAGGAUCUGGAAGCUUCUCUAGCUGAGAGGACCAGCGCUGUGACUGCUGCUGAAACGGCCUUGUCCAAUGCCAAUGAAGCCCUGCACAGUCUGAAGGCGGUGAUUGACAGCUCUAAGGGGCUGAAGGUGGCUGCUGUGCGCCCCCUGGUUCUAGCAGCAGAGGAGAACCUCCACAACAUGGUGGUGGACUUGGACAAAGUGGUAACUAAGGUGCAGUCAUCAGAGUCAGAAGCUAAGAUUGUCUCCCAGUACAGUGAGCUGGUUAAUGAAGCCAAACUACAGUUCCAGAGGGAGGUGACCAGCCUCACUCCAGAGAUCCAGGCCAACUGGAAGGGGCUCACUGGUAAGCUGUCGGAGGAUGACCUGAACGCGCUGAUCGCCCACGCUCACCGGCGCAUCGACCAGCUGAACCGAGAGCUGGCGGAGCAGAGGGUCAGGGAGCAGAUCCACAUCGACGCCUCGCUGGAGCAGCAGAGGCUGGAGGACCAGAAGGCUCUGGAGAAGGCCGUGAGCACCGCCCUGCAGCACGUCAAGGAGGAGGCCCGGCUGGAGCAGGAGAGGAAGCUGUCUGAAAUGAGGGAGGUGAUGGAGGCGGAGAUGAGGACUCAGCUGCGGCGGCAGGCAGCGGCUCACACCGACCACGUCCAGGACGUCCUGAAGGUGCAGGAGACUGAGCUGAGGGUCGAUGCUGAGCAGGUGCUGACCAGGAAGCUGCUGGAGCAGGAGACCAGCUACAGGCAGCUGAGCCAGGAGCAGCUGGACAACUUCACUCUGGAUAUGAACACAGCCUACGCCCGGCUGAAGGGGGUGGAGGAGGCCAUCGACAGCCACGUGCUGGCGGAGGAGGAGGCCCGUAAGGCGCACCACCUGUGGCUCUCUGUGGAGGCUCUGAACUUCACGCUGAAGACGGCAGAGGCGGACGUGCCCACGCAGCCUCUGGAGGGCGCCGCCCAGGCCGUGCGGGACAGCUGCCAUGAAAACGACUUCGCCCUGGCGCUGGCCUCGGCGCUGCCCGAGGAGUCGCUGCAGCGCGGCGUGUACAGCGAGGCGUCUCUGCGCGCUCGCUUCAACGCGCUGCGCUCGCUGGCCCGCCGCGUCGCUCUAGUCGAUGAAACUCACAACUCCCUGUACCAGUACUUCCUGUCCUACCUCCAGGCUGCACUGCUGUUCGAGGAUAAACAGGAAGCCCCCCCCGCCCAGCUGAGCAGUGACGACCUGGAUCCAUUCAAGAUCCUGUCGUACGCCAGCUUCUGCUUAGAGCACGGAGACCUGGAGCUGGCCGCCAAGCUGGUGAACCAGCUGAGAGGAGAGGCCCGCCGCGUGGUGGAGGACUGGCUGACGGAGGCCCGGCUCACCCUGGAGACCCGGCAGGUGGUCAGCCUGCUGUCGGCCUACGCUAACGCAGUGGGGCUUGGGACCACCCAGGCCCCCUAGGCUGGCCCUCAAAGGAACAGCCACUGAGAAUGUGAGGAGAGCUGCAGGCUCACAGGGAGCAGAGCGUGGAGCAGGUGGAGCAAAACAGCCGAAGAGGCUAGAAGAGAUUUCCAGUGGUGUAUUCCUUUUGACUUGGCUAAAGUUAACGAAGAGGUUAAUGUUCAGAUACAACUGAAGUUUAUUUGUUUCAAAGCACUAAGUCACUGUGGAGGAUCAUUUGUCAAAUAAAAUGAAUGCACCUUCUCCUCCCGUCUAUCCAGGCCCACAUGUAUUUAUUUCUAACCAACCCCCCCCCCACCGGCCUAAUACCCCCACUGAUUAAAGAAUAUGUAAUACUUGAUUUUAUGUUUGUCACAACUGCAUAUGUUUCAAUAAAUCAUGAAGAAUGGUA